UAUUGUACAGGUUGGAACUGAGUAGGCACUGGGCAGCCCUGUCACACUUUUCGCAGUUCGACGAGGGAACGCUGCGGGUAAUCCGCGGUGAGGGUUUCUUCUCGGGAGAUUGGCUUCGAGACACGGUGGAGAAGAGCAGAGGACACAUUUCCAUAGUAACGUGGUGGUGAUAGAUCGUUCACGAUGGCGUCAGUUAGAUUACCACACAGGACGAUGCGUCUUGAAACUUCGCUCUUUUUUCUUCUCACAUUCGUCCUUGGAAUUUUCACAGUACAUUCAAAUGAAGCACUCAGUUCGAUGUGUAAUGGUGCACAGACGUGUGGAGAGUGUAUAUCAGUAAACCCAGAAUGCACGUGGUGUACUCAAGCGACCUUCGAAGGACGAAGAUGCGAUCUUGAAAACGUCUUACAGGACGCUGGUUGCACCAACAUCACCAAUCCCGUCGCUUCUAAAGUGGCGACACAAAACGAUCCUCUAACCGAACCUAAUACCAAUACCAAUCCAGAAGACAUUGUUCAAGUUAAACCACAGAGAAUGAAGAUACAGGUUCGACCAAAGGAGCCUAUUACAAUACAGUUGUACGUACGCCAAGCUGAGGACUAUCCUGUAGAUCUUUACUACGCUAUGGACCUUAGUCACUCCAUGAAGGAUGAUUUAAACGCCCUCAAGGGUUUGGCAACAACCUUAUCUCAAGAAUUGAGUUCCAUAACCACGGAUUUCCAGCUUGGCUUUGGGUCAUUUGUGGAUAAAACUGUUCUUCCCUAUGUGAGCACUGUACCUGCAAGACUAAUAUCACCAUGUUCUGGAUGUGCAAGUCCACAUGGAUUCCACAAUGUUCUACCACUGAAUGACAAUUCAACACUCUUUGCUAGUCGUAUCCAGAGCACAACAGUGUCUGGUAACUUGGACACACCCGAAGGAGGUUUUGAUGCUUUGAUGCAGAUCGCUGUUUGUAAGGAUGCCAUUGGUUGGAGGGAUAAAGCUCGUCAUCUUGUCAUCUUUACAACAGAUGCUUCUUUCCAUUUUGCAGGAGAUGGAAGACUGGGAGGUAUUGUUGAACCUAACGAUGGACAGUGCCAUAUGGAUAGCAGUACAAACAUGUACAGCUAUAGUACCUUACAGGAUUACCCCUCUAUUGGACACCUCAGUGCCAAACUAAGAGAAAACAACGUCAUACCAAUUUUUGCUGUCACCAGCGACCAAACCCAAUUGUAUGCAAAUCUUCAGACAUACAUUGAGGGUGCAACUGUUGGUACUCUUGACAGUGAUUCUGGGAAUGUUGUUGAGCUCAUCAGAGACAAUUACAAUCAAAUCACAUCCCAAGUGCGACUGACAUCAACGGCUCCUGAUGAUGUGACAUUGUCCUAUCGAGCAAACUGCAUACAUGAAACAGUUGAGGAUAGCAGCGAGUGUUCUGGGCUGCAGUUAGGUGACACAGUAUCGUUUGAUAUCACCAUUACAGCUGAGAGGUGUCUUGAAGGUGGCAUGACAAGUUUUGAUAUUGGACCAGUAGGAUUCAGUGAGCAGCUUCAGAUUGAACUAGAGGUUACAUGUGAGUGUGACUGCCAGGAUAUUAGGGAAAUGAACAGCCCUGAUUGCAGUGGGGGCAAUGGGACAUUGAUAUGCGGUGAGUGUGAAUGCAACCAAGGCCGGUAUGGUAGCAAGUGCGAAUGCAGCGGUAAUGAAAUCAACAUGGAUAGCACUGAUCCGUCACCUUGUAGAACCGAUAACACAACAAGAACAUGUUCUGGACGAGGAGAAUGUAUCUGUGGGAAAUGCGUCUGUGAUAACACUGGGAAUCCUGGGGAGGUGAUCUCUGGACAGUUUUGUGAAUGUGAUAACUUUAACUGUCCCUACAGCCGUGGACUCAGAUGUGGAGGGCCUGAUCAAGGGACUUGUGUCUGUGACAUAGCUACAAGACAACCCAAGUGCGAGUGUAAAUCGGGUUAUGAGGGUGAUAGCUGUGAUUGUCCAACCCGGAAAGAUAUGUGUCGGGCUAGCAAUGGGUUGGAAUGCAAUGCCCAUGGAACAUGUGUGUGCGGUGCUUGUGAGUGUUUCGCAGACUCGCAGUUUCAAGGAAAAACAUGCGAGAAGUGCCCUACGUGUCCACUAGGAAUUUGCCACAUACACCGAGACUGUGUAGAGUGUACUGUGUUUCAAUCAGGAAGACUAACACCUGAACAGUGUAGCAUGUGUAAUUUCAAUAUUGUGAAUGUUACAAGUAUUGAAGAAUAUACCAAUGACAAUCUGAAAUGUAGCUUUGAUUUCAAUAACAGCUGCACUUUUGACUUUGUUGUAGUCAAGGAAAAUGAAACACUCACCGUAUACGUCAACCAAGAGGAAAGUUGCAUCGUCCCCGUGAAAGGGCCCAUUCUUACGGGAGAAGAGAUCAGGUGGAUUGUUAUCGGUAUCAUUCUCGGUAUUGUCCUCAUCGGCAUGAUCCUUGUCUUCGCCUGGAGGUUAUACACGUAUGUCCAAGAUAAGAGAGAAUAUGCCCAAUGGGAGAAUGAAUGCAAGAAAGCCCAGUGGGAUCAGAGUGAUAACCCCAUCUACAAGUCAUCCACAACGACAUUCAAGAACCCAACAUAUGGAAAAUAACGUACACUCUUAUAUCUGCAAUGGGAUACCAGUCUCCUUAUUUAUUUAACUGGCUAUGUUACAAGAUAGUGUACUCGCGCUGAAAACGGGUAUAAGCCAAGACAUGUGCUAUUACUGAAUCUGUAUCUUGUUUAUUCUUUCCUUUAUUUACAGAGGAAAAAUCCCCUCUUCCAGUCGUCUUCAACCAGGUUUGAAAACCCAAUGUUUGGGCAAUAAUAAUAACAAAAGAAUGGUUGCUUUGGGGAAAAUAUAAAUUGCUUACAGCAUAACAUGAUAUAAAUGUACGAGUAUAAAGACUUUAACUAUUUCUCGUUUCUAUCUCUGCAUUUGUUACCCUCCAGAAUAUCAGUGCUAUCUAUCUUCCUCCGAUAUCUCGCUUUGAUAAUCCGAUGAAUCAGAAAAAUUAGCAAAUGGCUUUUUGGAAUGGAAAAUAUUUUUCUUGGUAUGCGUGAUGUGGUAACUAUUUUCCAAUUCUUGUUUCACAAUCUGCUCUCUUUAGUCAAUGAACACAUUUAAGCACAUACAUACAACUCAUGUGACUAAUUCUCAUUUUGUUUUACAAGUCACUCGACGAGAAUAUGCACUAUAUGAUGCACCUUGGGGAUGUAUGAUCCUCAUUUGUCGCCUGACAAGUUGAAUGAUUUGGCAGCUUCUGAUUGGCUGAGAAACAGUUGUCUGAAUGUUACCAUGGUAACUGUUGACAACUUGUCAAUUCUGGCUACUUUUGUAUUAAACACUCCACAUGUAUAUGUUUCAUCAUCCUUCUUUUCAAAGUGUAUGAACUAUUAAAGGUCACGUCAAAUAAAAUGAGACAGGAUUGUCUUAAACAAAUCGACAAAAGUUAAAUGUCUACUAAACGGAUGAUGUUGGAUUUUCUUAUAAAAAAACAACAUUAGUUACACAGCUGAUACCUUUCACUACCUAACACUUAAUACUUCCAGUUAAUGGUGAAGGUCACUUUUAAAAUCUUACCUAUGCACUUGUUCAAACAUUAGAAAUAAUAUUAUGAUAUAUAUAGGGAUAAUAUCACUCUUGCUUUCUUCAUAUUGGUGCAAAUCUGUCGCUGUUUUUACUAUAUUUAAAUGAGAACUUGGUGUAAAGUUGCAUUUAACGGCUUGUAAACAUUUUAAAGCAAAUAGGACAGAUAUUUGAAAUUACUCUUUUUCAAUAAAUGCUUUAGUUUUAGGACAGAAAAUAUCACACCGAAUUAAGCUUCUUUUUAAUGUAACAUAUCAUAAAGCAUUCCUGCAUUUGAAAGAGUUAUAAUGCCUUGUCUGAAAGCAGUUGGCUUUGUAUCCUCUUUGAUGGUGUGUUCUGAAUUUUAAAUUUCUUUUGCCCGUAUUCUGAAAGCAGGUUUAACUUAAACUCAGGUUUAAAGUUGUGGUUUAAGUAUGGAUAGCCAAUUGUUACAUAAAUCACUAACAGUAGAGAUAUCAUAUUUCAGCUCAUUUGGCUCUCAAAUCAUUCAUAAUUGUCUCCACCAUCGAUAAAUCAGGAAAGAGCACAGUAAACAUAAGAAACAUACAAGUUAAUGAUAAUUUUGAUACUUUUGGCUUUCCGUAGUUAAACCACAACUUUAAACCUGAGUUUAAGUUAAACCCGUCUUCAGAUUAUGGGCCUCUGUCUGACAAUGAUUUGCUUGAAGAAAUACACAAUGCAUUCUAAAUGUUACUGACGUGCUUGAACCCCAUGUGGUUAUGAUUAGGCAAUGGGUUUCGGGUACUAACUCAUAAUGCACAUUUCUUACCAGUGUAAGGUUACAAAACAUCUCAUCAUUAGCUUUUAAAUGAUUUGAUUUAAUCAUAUUCUCUAGAUGGAACAUUGAUUGGGGAAUUAUUUUUUACUACUUUCACAAUCCCGCCCCCCCCCCCUAUUGAAGGUGGCUCUCUUCAUUAAUAUAUACAAAUAAUAUACAUCAGUGCAGGGCAUUGGUAAGGAUUGAGCACACGUGGGACCUUUGGAACAGUUCUAAUUUCCCUGAGUCAUAGCCGAGGGCGUUUGGACUAUUUCAAAGGUAACAUGUGUUUGUAAUUAUUUCAACACACUUGCAAAAUGAUGUGCAUUAUUUGUUUUAUAAAAUAGUGAUGUGGAUCCUUGUUACAUGGUAAUCUAUCCUCAUCUCAAAACCAUGACUGGUCAAUAGAACUAGUCAUUAGUACCAGACAUUUAGCAACGUUUCCAGUCAGCUGAAAUAAAUGACUUGUCACAUGAUCAAGUUCAGCCAAUCAUUUGAUGAGGAUCCAUAUCACCAUUUCAUGACAUUAUUGCUGACACUUAAUGAUGAUAUGCACUGUUCAAGCUCGUGUGUCCAAAUUUCAUCAUCAUGAUCAAAUUCCAAAUGUGCACAAAGAUAUCUUACCGUGUAACCAUCAUUCUUUUAAAAAAGAAAAAGACUACAGCAUUUUCAUAUUUCACAUCAGAUUUAGUUUCAACAUUCACAUGUCUUUACUCCAACUUCCAUCAAGCAGAAUUAGUUAUACCUUUUCACACUCACAUGCCUACUGUAGAUAGAGUAAUGCACAAAUAGCUCUUGACUAAGUCUGCAUUCAUCGUUGGUACAUUAUCGUCAUGGUAACAUGAUUUUAUGGCUGCAGUAUCACUCUGAAUAUGUGCGUCAAAUUAUUAGUGACACACAAUCAGAUUUUUUGUGCCUUUUAUACAGUUUACAUUGUGUAAUUUAAUUAAACUUGCAAUGCCAUCGCGUGUAUCAUGGUUGAACAAAAUUGUUUUAAUGUGUAAUGCAAAUGCAUUUGUUAUGAUAGUCCAAAUAAGAAACUGCACAUAUGGUAAUGUGUUUUGUAUCGUAUUGUAAAAGCACUGUAAACUUCUUUUAUUGCUAUUGUGAUAUUGCAUCAUUAGCAAAUGUUAAUUAACUUUCUAUCACUUUUUGUAAAACAGAAUUACCUAGAACUCUUCAAAUUGAAUGUGGUAUGGUUUCUUUCCGUAAAGACUUGUAAAUCUGUAUAUAGUUAUAAACCAUCAUAUUGAUUAUAUGUGUUUGCUAGGAUUAUUAUAAUCAGUAAUUAGUACAUUUCCCUACAGUGUAAUUAUAAAUUACUCAUUGCUUUGGCCUAUUAAGGGGCCAUAUGAAAUGAAUAGAGCUUGAGUUGGUCUUUCGUAUUUUUCUAUCAAUAUAUGAAAUUAGUGGCUGAACUGUAGUCUAAUUGGUGUAAUUGUGUAGAUAAUUUUGAAUGAUAAUUAUGAUAUUGUAUUUUUUCAAUUAGUUUAUUACAGCGUGUUGGUUUGCACGUUGAGAUCGUAGAGUUGUAAGAAAUUGUUUUUUACAUGGAACACAAAAAGUACUAUUUGUAGAUUUUCAAAGUUCAAAGAAUUAUUAUUGUAUUUUGCGUGAGUGGUGUAAGGUUGUGCAUUCAUGAGGAAUAUACACG